AGAAGCGAAGCGAGCGAGCGAGCAAAAGCUCGAAAGGCAAGGCAAGCGCGCUCGACGACGACGCCGACCUCUAUAAAUACCGCCACUGCUCUCCACUCCCCUCGCCUCCGGCCGCCCCUCCGCCUCCUGCCGAACGCCGCCGCCGCCAUCUCGCGCCAAUGCGGCACCCCUCGCCGACGCCGCCGGAGCUCUCCGCCGCCCGGGGCGAGAUCCAGGUUGCCUCCGCCCCGCGGUCUUCCUCCGGCGGUGCUGGGGGUAGCGGGGGCUCCUUCACCGCGCUGCUGGGCCUCCCGACCUCCCAGGCGAUGGAGCUCCUCCUCCCCGCCGCGGGCGCGCCGCCGCCCGCGUUCCCCGCCGCCGACCCGCACCUCGUCGACCGCGCCGCGCGGUUCUCCGCGUUCGCCUCCCCCUCACCAUCCUCCCCGUCCCCGACCCCGCCUCCUCCCCUCUCCUCAUCCGCCUCCGCCUCCGCCGCCGCCAAGCGCAAGGCCGACACCGCCUCCUCCAAGGGGAAGGCCGCGAAGAAGGGGAAGACCGCGGCCAGCGGGGACGACAGCAAGGACGGUGGUGGCGACGGCGAGGACGAGAAGCCGGCGUACGUGCACGUGAGGGCGAGGAGGGGGCAGGCGACGGACAGCCACAGCCUCGCCGAGCGGGCGAGACGCGAGAAGAUCAAUGCGAGGAUGGAGCUUCUCAAGGAGCUGGUCCCCGGAUGCAGUAAGGUAUCAGGAACAGCAUUGGUACUGGAUGAGAUCAUCAAUCAUGUCCAAUCUCUUCAAAGGCAAGUUGAGUACUUGUCAAUGAGGCUCGCAGCUGUAAAUCCGAGGGUCGACUUUGGUGGGAUAGACAACUUCUUGACUACAGAGUGUGGAAGGAUAACAGGCUUGAACUAUAAGAAUGGAAUGGAUUUGGAGCAGGUCACCUGGCCAGACAUGGGUGUCCAUGGAACAAGGCAUCUCAUGCAACUACAACAGCAGUUCUGGCAUGGUGAUUUAGCCCAUCCACUCCAGCCGCCUUCACAGUGGGAAAAGCGUGCAGAUACCAACCCCCCUGGCUUUAGCAACUCAAGUUCCUCUCUCUUCGGCUAUGAUCUAGCAAGCUCUGGUGCGCCGGCCCAGACAGGCAAGCUAAAGACGGAGCUGUGAGUCUGUGGUGGUAGAUAGCAAAGCAACUAAGCAAGUCAGCAGAGCAAGCCAAAAAUACAUGAGCUGUGGGCAAUGGCGGCUGGAUGUCAUGAGAGCAAGCUAGGCGUGAGCUGUGGACGACGACGGCGGCGGCUGCUGCUGUGGAUGGCGACGUCUGGUGCAGUGCAAGCGCAGUGCAAUGGAACUUUCAUUACUUCGACGGCCAAAUUCCGAGACGAUGUACAUAUGAUGGAUGCAAGAUAUAGAAAUACUGCUGCUGUUUGUUGAGAGGCUUUUGGAGCUGGAGACGAUGGAUGCCAAGGUUUUACUGCUGCUGCUAUCACUUUGUAGAGAUGAGCGAGCGAUACUCUGGGUUCUUUUCUUGCUGAUGUAUUCUUGGCGUAUGUCUGACUACGAUGGUUUAAUCUCAAGGUUAUAUGAGCAGCAUUUGCAUUUAUUUGGUGAACAAGUUGAAACAAAGUUACAAGGGUCCUUGUCCUUGGGUGUUUAGGGGGCCCAAACUAAAAACUCGUUGUAUUGGUUAUUGUUUGGUUUUUU